AAAUGUGAGCGUCACGAUCCACGAAGGAGUACCGUCGCUCUUUCUAAUCCCAUGCAGCAUGCACGUUACCCACUACUGACUCCCACUGAUUGCAGUGGGUGUGCACCUUUCUGUGAAGAGGAGCUCCAUUUAAGAAACCUCUAGUCACCACAUCAGACGCUCUCGCCGUUAAAGGAUGUGUUUUUAUUCGCUGCCUUGCUCCAUCCUCUCUCGAUUGAAGGUAACCGAGAAGAUCACAAGGACACCUAGGGCUUAAGGAAAUAUUCAUUUUGCAUAUAAAAACGUCAAGGAUCUGGGCAAGGAAGAUGAAAUAUCCAAGCGAGAAUCCAAGAAAACCAGGGAACAGCCCUUCACCAGUGGCAGUUCAGACUAACCUGCUCCCACCCAAAAAGAUGCAGCCAGGUAUGCUUCAAUCUAGCCUUGUGCACGCCAGCGUGGCUACCAUGCAGAACCCAAUGGGCUGCUCUUUGCCCCGCCUGUCCAUCUCCCGACCCCCGAGCAUGGUGGCCAGCAUGGAGGGUACGGCUGAUGGCGCAGCUCCUUUCACCAUGAUGAAACUGAAGACCGUGCUGGCAGUUUUUGUGGUGGUCGUAGCCUACUUGGUGGCAGGAGGACUGGUGUUCCAAGCUCUAGAACAGCCAUUUGAAGACAACCAAAAGAUUACCAUUACAGCGGAGAAGGCAGCAUUCCUGCAAAAACACCCCUGCGUGUCCCCAGAUGAGCUGGAGGCUCUUAUCAAACACUCUGUUGAUGCUGUUAAUGCUGGAGUGAAUCCUGUUGGUGAUACAACUUAUAACUCCAGUCACUGGGAUCUCGGCAGUGCCUUCUUCUUUGCUGGAACUGUAAUCACAACCAUAGGGUAUGGUAACAUUGCUCCCAGCACUGAGGGAGGAAAGAUUUUCUGCAUUUUAUAUGCAAUAUUUGGCAUCCCACUCUUUGGAUUCCUCUUGGCAGGGGUUGGUGACCAGCUGGGGACCAUAUUUGUCAAAAGUAUUGCCAAAGUGGAGAAGAUGUUCCGGAACAAACACAACCAGAUCAGUCAGACUAAAAUCAGAAUAGCAUCCACCCUCCUCUUCAUCCUGGCUGGCUGCAUCCUGUUUGUCACGAUCCCGGCUGUGAUCUUCAAACACAUCGAAGGUUGGACAGCCCUGGAGUCGACGUAUUUUGUUGUCAUCACAUUAACCACAGUUGGGAUAGGAGACUAUGUGGCAGGUGGAAAUCGGAGGAUUGAGUACCGCAAGUGGUACAGACCGCUGGUGUGGUUCUGGAUCUUGGGUGGUCUGGCCUAUUUUGCUGCAGUACUAAACAUGAUUAGCGACUGGUUGAGGGUGCUAUCCAAAAAGACCAAAGAAGAGGUCGGGGAAAUCAAGGCUCACGCAGCAGAGUGGAAAGCGAACGUAAGAGCGGAACUGAGAGAAACCAGGCGUCGUAUGAGCGUGGAAGUCAGCGACAAACUACAGCGAGCGGCAACCAUCCGCAGUAUGGAAAGACGACAGCUCGGCUUAGAUCAGCGUGCAGUGUCCAUGGAUAUCCUUUCUCCAGAGCGUCGAGCCAUCUUCAACAGCCUGGACACAAACAGCUACAAAACCUCCUCCCAGGAAAGUAUUGACAUUAAAUUGAACAAUCUUCGACUAAGGGGUGCUGAACAAAGCGACCGUCAGUCUAACCACCAAACCACAUCCGAGGACAACAUUUUUAACCGCUUGGGUUCCGUCACCAAACUUGCAAAACGAACCAGAAAUCGGGACUUGAAGAAGAACAUCACAGAAGAAGUUCGCCGUCCUCAUAGUGAAGCUUACGGUUGGGUUACCGCCACCUUUGAUUGUAACAAACAUGAAAUGGACGAAGGAAAGAGGAAAGAUGAGGAACAUGAAGAGACUGAAGACAAACAGUGUAACACCAGCUUGUCUGAAUUUCCAUUGUUUGUAGAAGCUUACAAGUCACAUAAUGGGAUGAUUCUUGAGCAAACCAAAGAAAACAGGAAUGAUGAAACACUUGAAAUGAAAGAGAUGCAUGGUGAGAUUGACCCAUAGCAAAUAGUCUGUAUGUCAAAAAAUAUUUUAAAAUGACACCAUUUGUGCCUUAGGUUUUCUCUUUCACCAGUAUGUGCUUAAGCAGGAGCAAUGCCUGCUUCUCUGUGCUACAGUCUAUACUGUUCUGGUAACAUGCAGUAUUCCCAGUGCCCCAUGGAUGAUACACAUACAGUAUUGGCUUAGCCAUGAUCCAGUGUAAUAAUGCAAAAUUCACUCAUUGAUUUGGCUAUUUGAUGCCAAUUCAUGACCACCUGGGGGGACAAAAAGUGUUCCUCCAGCAAGUGCAAAAAAAACAACAACAACAAAAAAACAAUGCUGGUCGUGUUUCUGUGGUGUCAUCCAGUUCUUGAUAAAAAAAAUAUUAAAUGUGGUAAAAUAUUUGUGAACAAUGUACGUUGUUCAACGUACGGUUUAAUGCAUUUUGCUUUCUCCAUUCUCUUUAAGUAUCUUCAUCAGUUUACCUUAACGAUCAUCUACUAAGGACAAGUCUAGUUUUUUGGGGAAAUAAUGGUAUUUAGAUCAUGUCAAGCCUUGUUUAACAAGGAAUUUUAAAAAAUCCUCAGGAAUUGUGAUUGAAUGACAAUAGAUGCAAUGGACCCAAAAGAUGGACAUGCCAAAGAAAUUGGAUUCAUCAAUCAAAGGACUAUCCAUCCAUCAUCAAACCAGUUUCAUCCACUUAUUUGAGUCACCAAGGAAGCUCUGACUUCCUUUCCUAUCCAUUCCAUUCCAUUUUGUUUAGCUUUCUACAGGGUGGAUCCUGAAGCGUUUCCAGUCCAGCCCCAAGACAAAGUCCCUCCAGCAUAUCUUGGGCUGUCCCGUCAGCCUCCUCCCAGUGGGAAAUGCCCAGAACACCUCAUCAGGGAGGCAUCCAAAAGCCAUUCUUAUCAGUAAUCCAAGCCAGCUCAUCUGGCUACUCUCAAGCGGUGAAGCACCAGAUCAACUCUAAAUUUUUCUCAGAUGACUUCUCAGACUCAAGGCAGAGCCUGGACACCCCGCAAAAAAAAAUAAUUUCACCUACUUGUAUCCAGUGAAGAUGGUGUUAGAAAUCUGACUUUUAAAGGCCGUAGGACCCUACUGGGGGUCAAGGGAAAACAGUACUAAUUAUGUUAUCCGUGUUCGUUUACCCGAGAGCAGAAGUGUACUAAUUAUUCAUCCAUCCAUCCAUUAUGUAUUGCUUAAUCCAGAGUCAGGUCGCGGGUCAGCAGCUUGGUCAGGGAAGCCCAGACUUCCCUCUCCAGCAUGUCCUGAGUUGCCCCCAGGGCCUUCCACUGGUGGGACAUGCCCGAGCCACCUCUCCAGGGAGGUGUCCAGGAAGCAUCCUAACCAGAUGCCAGAGCCACCUCAACUGGUUCCUCUCAAGGAGGAGAAGUAGCGGCUCGAGUCUGAGUCCUUCCCGGACGACCGAGCUUCCCACCCUAUCUCUAAGAUACUGUAGAUGCGAAGGAAACUCAUUUCGGCCGCUUGUGUCAGGGAUCUUGUUCUUUUGGUCAGAACCCACAGCUUGUGAGACUAGGUGAGGGUAAGAAAUUAGAUCGACUGAUAAAACGAGAGCUUCACCUUUUGGCUCAGCUCCUUUUUCACCUCAACGGAUCAGUAGACAAUCCACAUCACUGCAGGCGCUGCCUCGAACUGCCUGUCGAUCUCCCGCUCCCUCUUACCCUCACUCCUGAACAAGACCCCAAGAUACUUAAUAUCUACUCCACUUGGGGCAGGAUCUCAUCCCCGACCCAGAGAGGGCAUGCCACCAACUGAGGACCAUAGUCUCAGAUUUGGAGGGGCUGAUCUUCAUCCCAACAGCUUCACAUUUGACUAUGAACCGCUCCAGUGAGAGUUGGAGAUCAUGGCUUGAUGAAGCCAACAGCACCACAUCAUCUGCAAAAAGAGGAGAUUCAAUGCUGAGGCCACCAAACCGAACAAAGUUAGUAACAGAAUCAGUGAUAACACCUUGGUGUAGUCCAAUCCUCACUGGGAACGAAUCCGACUUACUGCUGGCAAUGUGGACCAAACUCUGGCACCGCUCGUACAGGGACCGAACAGCCCUAACCAGGGGUCACGGUACCCAAUACUCCCACACACAGGACUCCCCAAGCAACACGGACGAACGCCUUCUCCAAAUCCACCAAGCACAUGUAGACCGGUUGGGCGAACUCCCAUGCACCCUCGAGGACCCUGCCGAGGGUGUAAAGCUGAUGCACUGUUCCAUGGCCAGGACGAAAACCACACUGCUCCUCCUGAAUCGGAGAUUCGACUUGCCGACGGACUCUCCUCUCCAGCAUUCCUGAAUAGACUUUACCAUGGAGGCUGAGGAGUGUGAUAGCCUAAUGAUUCAAUAAUAGUUUAAAGAAGAGACUCACAGACCAGAAGUUGCUAAUUGAUCCCAGUAUAUUGACUCCAGAGAUGCAGCAAACGUCAAGUACAGAAUUCUGUCUAAUAGUUCCCUAUUCUGAGCAAUUACAGAUAAGUGGAAGUAUCAAUAGAGUCCUACAGCCAGUGUGCUCCCUAUAUACUCCAAAGGUGUGAUCAAAUUAGCAUCUAAUCACAUGAGAAGAUGAGGGGAUAUCAUGAUGAGGUGAUGUCAUGUACCCCUCGCUUGGAGAAGUCGAUUGGUACCGUCGCUGGUUCCCUCUUCUUGGCGCCGUCAUAACCUGUUGACCUGUUAUUACUACCGAGCUAAGCAAUUUAUUGUCGUUUAUGUAUUACUUGACUUUAGGUGUAUGGACAUUUAGCUAAUUUCAAAAUACACUGAGGUAAAAAGUCAGAGGCAAACAGCCUGUAUUAGAAUGACCGGUACACAGUAGUACUGGAGCCAGCCUAACUGGACUCCCAGAGGAAAACGAUAUAAUGCCUUCUCUAUGUAAACUAUUCCAAAAAGGGCCGCAGUGUGUAUGGGUUUCUGUUCCAACCCAUCAAGAGAAAACCUUUCUACCAAUCUGGUGUCUUGCAAACACAGUCAGUUGAUCACAGUCGGAUGCUUCUUGUUUCAGCAGAAGCCUUAUUGGUUAAACUGUGCUAGAUCAGGAACAAAGACCAGGACCCACUACAGCCCUCGAGGACCAGUUUGCCUACCACUGGGUUAGGGGACACCCCAUUUACCCACAAUGACCCUGGAGAGAGAGUCCGCUAUGUCAUGGCCAAGGGGAAAACCAUACUGCUCCUCCUUAAAUUGAGAUUCUUUCCGACAAACCCUCUUCCCAAUUACCCAUGAGUAGACCAUACCAGGGAGGCUGAGGAGUGUGAUCCCUCUAGUUUGAACACAGCCUUCUGUCUCUCUUCUUACAAAGGCCAAACCAGAGACAAAGGAUGUCCACGUUAUGUUGCAUAGGUCUGUAAACUAAGACAGCCCUACAUCAUCUACAGCCUUUAGGAACCCAGGGUAUAUCUCAUCCACCCACAGGACCCUGAGACUGAGGAGCUUUUAACUACCUUGGUGACUUCUACCCCAGAGAUGGGAAAGCCCACCUCAUGCUAAAGUACUCUCAACGAAGGAUGCCUUUGAAGUAUUUGGCCCAGCGAUUCACAAUGUUCUAAAUCAAGAUUAACAGAAUCCCAACCACUUUUCAGACAGUGUGUAUCCUCCUGAGACCCUGCGUACUCAUUUAAGGAAAUUGAAAAAUCAUCUGGGGUGGCCAAAUCUGGUCCUCAGGAGCCUCAGUCCAGCCUUUUCCUGUAUCUCCCUCUUCUAAGACCCCUGAAUGAAAUGGUCAGCUCAUCAGCAAGCUCUGCAAAAGUCUGACAAUGAUCCUGAUUAUUCAUUUGUGUUGCAAGAAGAAAACAUGGAAAACAGGCUGGAUUGAUGCUUUUGAGGACCGGACUUGGCCAAUACAUCCAACACAUUUUACUCCUGAGUUACCGAAUGGUGGACCAAAAUUUCUUUAGUCUUCCAAAAGUUUUUCUUCAUGGCCUCACUAACCUCCUCCAACACCCAGGUUUUUGCAAAUCUUACUUUUUUCAGUGCAAAUACACAGUAGGUGUCACCAAGCUUUUUCACUGAGAUGUCAUGUCCUUUUGUCAACAAUCCCUUGGAUGAAGGUGCAACUAUACCGUGGAGAGGAUUAAAUAUCCAUCAUAUCAAUUGGUACUGUUUCACAUCUCAGUACAUCAUUUGCACACACAACUUAAUAUCCUUAUGCAACAUCAGUGCUUUCAAUUUUGCACUCACCGCAGUAAAUAUUGUGUUUUGUACUGCGUUUCUUUGGAAACAAAAGGAUUGUUUUAUUAAUAUCGGAGAGCAUUUAAGUAAGGCAAUGUCAUACUGAACGGUCAAAAACGUGUGCCUUGAUGCACUCUGUUGCCGUGAGUCAUUGAGUCAGAGCUUCACUGAUGACAGCUUUUAAUGGUGGGGCUAUGCAUGCUUAACUCAAGGUCGAACUACUUUGAGUUGCUUAAAGUAAAGCAAAUCAGCUUUUGGGACUCUAGGAAUGGAGUUUGCUAUCUCAAAGUAGUUCAACUCAGAGUUCAUAGUUAAACUCAAGAGUUCAUUGAAACUGCUUUGUGAAAUGGACCUCUGGAACAAGAAAGGAGGCAAAACUUCACCCUGCAAGCAAAAUAGUCUUAUCUUUGGCCUUAGGCUGCCUAUUUCCUCUACAGUAGACAACACAGAGUUAUUCCUUAGACCACCCCCAUCAACAUGUCUUUCACUUCUGUCACCAUUCCUCAUCUCAGACUGUACAGACAUCGAUUCACUGUCUCUUUUUCUACCGCAAACUAUUCCACACUGUCUUGAGGGGGUAAGUGUUACGAGAGCCUGAUGAGGCAACUGUGCCUGCCGUCCUUUUGACCCACCCUUCCCCAGCUCCCUUUGCCACCUUCGCUCUCCAGUCCACUUUUUUUUUUUUUAUGGCAUCUGUCUUUUCAUGAUCGCUCAUUCUUCUUCUUGAACUAACAUAGGAGGUUAGUUGUUUGUUUAUUUUAUCCUCUUGUUUCCCCAACCCGAUGGUUUCAUUUCUCCAUCUAAGAUCCCGGACUCUUUUUUUUUUUUUUUUUUUUUUUUUUUAAUGGCAAUCUGGCUAGCAGUUGUGCACUGUCUACUCAUGUAGUGUUGUCGUAAAUGUCUUGGUCGGGCUGUACCUUAAAAGAAGAAUUCUGUUUCUCUGUAUGGUGCAAUGACAAUAAAGUCUUCUAAAGUCUAAAAUGUUAAAUGUGGCUAUUUGGAGUGCCAGUAUAUUUUCUCUCCCUAAGUAAAAAAAAAGAAAAAAGUGUUGUACAGGUAGUCCCUGGGUUACGACAUACCAGACAUAACCCAGCCACUUCAACCAGCUCCUUCGGCGGGAUCCCAAGGCCAGUCGAGAGACAUAAACCCCUUUUUAGAUUUAUAUCCCGGUAAUUUCCUGUGUAAGGUGACGCGGGAUUUAGACAUGUCAUGGCUUUCACACAUAGGGAAAU